CUGUCACCACUGUUUCUUUAACUCCCAUACCCCUGAGGAUGCUUAGCUUUUUUCAGCAAACAUUUAUCGGGCGCCUGCUAUGUGACUGGCUAGACUCAGCUGGCAGUGUAGGGAGAAGGCACUGAACACUCCUAGUGCUCCUUCAAGUGCAAAUUCAAGUACAAAUCGCCCAGCCCCACCCAUUCUAGGUACAGACGAUGUGUGCGCAGCACUCGAACACACACACACACACACACGCGAACACGAACACACACGCGCACGCACACACGAACGGCUCUGCGCGGCUUUUCUGAGUGUUACGGCACCCUCUGCCCGCCCCCGCGCGGCGCGGGCGGGGACCCACUGGUUCCGCUCAGCACCAGCAGCGGGCAAAGGAGGACCCCCGGGAACGAGACCCCGCCGUCCGGUGGCCCAGUCCUCUUCAGCCUUAGGCCCGCAUGGAGGGAACUGCGGAGUUCCAGACGCCUGACCUGCGAGAUGUGGAGGGCAAGGUGGGCAGGAAGACUCCUGAAGGGCUGCUCCGCGGGCUGCGAGGGGAAUGGGAGCCGGGAACCUCCAGCGCCCUGCUGCUCUCAGGGGCGCCUAUUACCGGCCACGGCCACAGCCUGGGGGACAAGAUCAUGGCGUUGAGGAUGGAGCUGGCUUACCUGCGAGCCAUCGAUGUGAAGAUCCUGCAGCAGCUGUUGACCUUGAAUGAGGGCAUCGAGGCUGUGCGCUGGCUGUUGGAGGAGAGGGGGACAGUGACCAGCCACUGCAGCAGCCUCACCAGCAGCCAAUAUAGCCUGACAGGCGGGAGCCCAGACCACUCAAGGCGAGGCAGCUGGGACAGCCUGCCGGACACCAGCUCCACUGACCGGCUGGACAGUCUCUCCAUUGGCAGCUUCCUAGACACGGUGGUCCCCAGCGAGCUGGAUGAACAGGGCCCCCCUGGGGCUCCCCGUCCUGAGACUGGGCAAAGGUUAUACCCAGUGGGGACAGGGCCCAGUGGGGACAGGGCCAGGACUGAGGUGGACCUGACAGCCAGCAGGCUAGGGAAUUUGAGGGCUGUAUGGAAGCCCCCAGGGGAGGGGCUCCAAGGUGGACCUCCUGAGCCACUAGAGGAUGAGAGUGCCAAGCUGGGCUUUGAGGCCCACUGGUACUGGCAGUGUCAGGAUGACGUGACCUUCUUAUAGUAACACUCCCACCCUUUUGUAUUCCUGUGGCUCUUUCAUUGCUAGGCCCUGGUUUCCCUGGAAAUUUAUUCUCCCUCAUUCUGGGUCUAGGAAGAGGCUGCAUCAAAAUCAGUUACCGUGGAAAUCUGACCUUAUCAUCCUUCUGGGCCCUAAGGAGGCUCUGCCUUUAUCCCUCAAUGAUUGGGAUCCUAGAACUAUUUCCAUAGAUACAUUGACUCUAGAGGUUUGACCUGUGGCUUCUCGUAAGAUAGUAACUUCCCUUCCCCCUCCGUGCCCCCCCUUCCUCCCGGAACUAGGUAAGGAUUUCAGGGAUUUAGGACGCCUAAGAGAUUGCUGAUGAGGAGUUGGGGGUCCAAUUACCU